CACGGAGGGCGCACGGAGGAGCGCACGGCCGGCGCGGCGCAUCGCCCCGCGGACCGUCCCGCUCUGCCCUGCCCUGCCCGGCUCGGCGGGGGAGCUCCCGCGCCGCCCGCCCCCCGCGCACUUCGCGCCCCUUCUCUCCACCCCCGGCCGCGGAUACGCAAAUCCCCUCCCACGCAACCCCUCCUCUUCAUGGCACAAACUUUCCUCCCGGGACAGAUCGGGGCAGCGACCGUAGCCGACUCCUGCACCUCCUCUGCCGGCCGGCUCUGAGAGUAGCUGCUGAAAUGGGUUGUGGACUGAAUAAGCUGGAGAAGCGUGAUGAAAAACGGCCCGGUAAUAUUUAUUCAACUCUGAAGAGGCCUCAGGUAGAAACCAAGAUCGAUGUGGCCUACGAAUACCGCUUCCUGGAGUUUACAACGCUGACUGAUGUGGAACUCCCGCGAUCCUCGGCGGUGCGGCUCUCCUCCUUGCGGGAUCUGCCCACGCAGCUUCAGGAGCUAUACCAGCAGGGCUUCACCCUCGUCACCCUCCACCCCUUCGUGCAGCCCACGGACGAGAGAGAGAAGACCCCCCAGGAGCAGAUCUUCCGGGCUGUGCUGAUCAAGAAAACCGAGAGCAGAUCCCAGAAAAACGAUUUUCAUAAUGAAGGAUACAUCUUGGAAUUAGAUUGCUGUUCUUCCUUGGAUCACCUGACAGACCAAAAAAUCAUCCCGAAUUUCAUUAAGAAAAUCCAAGAUGCAGCGAGUCGUGGCCUAGAAUUUGUGGGUGUUGUCCCUCAGUACCACUGCCCCGGGAACUCUGCAGGGAGCAGUCCACUCACCCCCACAGCCAACGGGUCUGGGGAGUCGAGAGAUGGGAAAACCACAUCCGACCAUUCCGAAGACCUCUCGUCCUUGGAUAGGGAGACCCCAGGGUCGGCAGAUAUGUGCGGCGCAUCAGAAGGGUCUCAGGGCAACGCAGAGCCCCAGGAAAAUGGGAGAGGCGACGGGCAAGUUGCUGAACCACAGAACUUAUCCCCCAAAGGGGGGAACGGAGCAGAUUCACCAGAGAAGGCUGACGGACCGACAAUCACAGCAGAGAAACGGGAAAGUUCAGACCAACUGGCUGGAAAAAUGGAGAUCUUCACCAUUUUCAACAAGCCGAAGAGCCAGCAACAACGCUGCCGACAGUACUAUACUGUCACCAUUCCACUGAGGGUCUCCAAAAACGGGCGGACGGUCAACAGCCUGGAUGCAAACUGGCUGGAGCACAUGAGUGACCACUUCCGGAAGGGAGGCGUGCUGGUGAACGCCAUCUUUUACCUUGGAAUGGUAAAUGAUUCCUUACAUGGAUUGACAGAUGGAGUAUUCAUCUUUGAAGAUGUUUCCACAGAGGAGAACAAAACCAUCCAGGCCUACGAUGCCAUUGUUGUUGAACAAUGGACCGUCCUGGAAGGCGUCGAAGUGCAGACAGACUACAUCCCACUACUGAACUCGCUGGCCGCCUAUGGCUGGCAACUCACCUGUGUGCUCCCUACGCCCGUCGUAAAGACAAACAGGGAGGGGAACUUGGCCACCAAGCAGAUCGUCUUUCUUCAGAGACCCUCUCUACCUCAGAAAGCCAAGAAAAAAGAGUCCAAGUUUCAGUGGCGCUUCUCCCGUGAGGACAUGCACAGCCGGCAGAUGAGAAAAUCCAAGUCUAAACUAAGUGCCCGAGGAAAACAGAAAAUGGAAGAAAAUGAGAAGAAUCAGGAAGACCAGCAUUCCAAAGCUGGAGAUGUGGGGAACUGUCUGCUUGCCUUGAAUCAGGCGGACGGGGUUACAAGCGGGGAGGGAGAAGGGGCCCCCGAGGAGCUGGAUGGGGCUCUUCAGGAGGCAAAAGGGGAAGAAGAGGUGAACCCCAGCUCGGAGGUGAACGGCACCGCCGACUGCAGGGUCCCCUGCCAGGCGGUGGUCACCUGCAAUGGAGAGGAUAACCGGGAGGCGGGCUUCACAGAAGCCGCUGGUGCAGAACCUCCCGUGUCAGAAGAAAUCUGACUCGAAACGGUUUCCUCGAAUCUCGAAGGGUUUGGCUGACCGCCUUCUUUAGGACUGAGGUUCAGACCGCUAUUUGACUUGGCAGUACUUGUUCCCCGUCCACACCAACUCUUCUUCAAACGUGAACUCCACACUCCCUCAUUCCACCCCAUUUUGUUUCUGCACAUACGUUUGGAAUGUCUUCUAUUGGAAGAGUUUGGGCAGUUUCCGCCGGUGUCUCAGAACCCAGGCCCCUAGCCCAGAAGCCCCUCGCUCUCCUCCUUUCCCUGGGGUUUAAACAAUCCCAAUGAAAGCUUCUUUUGGGGAAAGUUCAGGUGGACCUCCCUGGGCCAGAACCAAGUUUCAGUAGCCCAUAAAGAAUGCCCCACACCCCUACUGCUUUCUGCCACUACUGCCUGGCCCCUUCGCAGGGUCAGCAACACCCAGGGGUCCAUGUUUCCCCACCCUCAGAAUCCUUAGACACUCACUACUACUGCCUUGGCAAAAUGGUGCCAGGCAAGGAGUGGUACCAACUUCCCUAUGGAGAUCCUGAGAGUAUUCCCCUAGACACUAGUCAUUGGGGGAUGAAAAACUCAUUCUGUUUGCUCACCUGUUGUUGAAGUCCAAUCGAGUGCUGUGUUUGUGUUAAUGCUCCUCCCCGCCCUCUCCCCCCCACCCAAAAAAAGUUUUUGUAUCCGGUAUGUCCAAUGCACACACACUUGCUUUGCUCUCAUUUCAGGGUGGCCAUAUUUGGUUGGGUGUGCCCUUGCUUCCUACAAUUUUAACCAGUGUAUCAUUGCCUGAGUUGGUGCGCCACGUAAUGCUGUGUCUAUGAAGUAUGCAUUUUGUCUAGAAAGCCUUGUUCAGACCGGUCAGCAUUAGGAAGAACACUCAAACUGUAUUUACCAAAACAAUGGCCUGUCCUUUCUCUUUCCUGCUUAGUUACUUAAAGCAAUAAAUCACCCUUGAGUUUAGCCCACUGUUGAGUAUUGGUUAUUUAUCAUGUCAUGAAGGAAGCCUCCCUCCCUCUGCCCACCUCAAAGGUCCCACUCCAUGGGGCACAGGUCCAUCUACAAGGACUCGCAUCGAGUCUGGCUAUGGGAGGAGGUGAGAGAAGAAAGUGGAACCCACAGGGAGAGCAGCCCUUGGCUGGCCUGACCAGCAGGGAAGUAGUUGGCAUCGCUGCCCUGUCUCAUGCCAACCUGGCACUGCCAUCUUUUAGUUAAGGCGCAUCCAGGGGGCAAAGACCAAAAGAGAAGAUGAAGGAGACACAGGUAAGAGGUGGAGGUGGCAGACAACCAGUCAGGGAGAGCUACCAGUUCUUCAAAGGGCAGCCACCCUGUGCAUUAUUGAAGGCCGGCCUUUUCCCGCUUGCAAGUUUAUUAAGAUGUACAUAUUUGUAAUAUAUUUUUUAUAGAGCAGCCUCAACCCACUUAAAUAUGUUGCAUGUUGCUGGGUUUUUUUUCCAUUUGAAUCGAGAGUUCUGGCUCCUUUUACUCAGGGGAGCUCAGGAAGAGGUUUCGGGGCCUCUUCUGAAAAGGGGAACGGUUGGGAAAGCUGUUUUGGCUUCAUUUUUUCCCCAUGACAUUUUCCCAGAAGGAUGUUAUUGUGUCUAGUAUCUGUACAAUAUCUUGGCUCAAUAAAGCAUUAACUCUUGGUGCA